GCCCCGAAAUCACUUUAACACUCAUAAUCGGUAUGUAUAAACACGUAUGUUUAACAUUGUGCUUAUUUUUAAACUUCAAUUUCAAAUACGGAAAGAAAUGGGACUUGACCUUAAUACCCAGAAUGCAACGCUCUCUUGCCAUCUUGUCGGGUGGGUUGCGUUAGCAGAGCGGCAGGCAGUUAGCUGCCCGUUAGCUCGCCGUCACUGUGGUAAAGUGCUUUCAUGUCAGCCAGAAGAGAGCUUUCCGUACCUCCCGAGGCUGAGCUACAACGACUUCCACGCGUUUGACCCCUCUACCUUUGGAGUACAACUUUUAUUUCACCUGCUGAAGGAUUUGUUUACAUCAUGGUAUCGCGCGUGCUGUUCCCAAGCCAAGGAAAAGUAGCUCUCAUCAGCUAACUCGGCUAGUCGGGAAGAAGUCCUCAGAAGUGUGGGGCAGGCAACCGGGCCCGCCUCGGACUGAAGGACCGGUGGAAACUGCUUGACAAGAACUUUGGCGAGAAGUAACUUCCGAAGCUGGACGACACGGGUCUGCGUAUCUGUUUGUGAAGAGUGAAGAGAGUUGCUGCAUUCGUGUUCGGGCUGAGGAAGAACGUCCCGGGAGUUUUGGAGGAUCUGGCCUCGGAUUGUGACACUUUUGCCGUCAAGAGAGAGGAAGAGGAACGGUAUGGAAAUGCCAUGUGAUUAUCUUUGUUAUAUCCUCCUGCUGUGAAACACGUAAGACGUUUAGUCUCGCACUCGCGUUCGUCUGGAAAACUACUUAGAUCGCCGACAUGUCUAAAAUGCCUGCGAAAAAGAAGAGUUGUUUCCAGAUCACGAGUGUCACACAGGCUCAGGUGGCCGCCAGCAGCAUCACGGAAGACACCGAGAGCCUGGACGACCCGGACGAGUCCCGGACAGAGGACGUGUCAUCGGAAAUAUUUGACGUCUCUCGUGCUGAGCUGGGCGUGUGUGACAGAAGUUCAUCCGAGGAAACGUUAAACAACGUGGGGGAGUCGCAAGAGAUCCAGGCUCAUCUGACAGGUCCUGUCAACGGGGGGCCUUCUUACAAAAGUGUAGGCUCAAGUCGUGUUGCUGCGCACAACUUGGGAGGAAGUGUGUCUGUGCCAGCUGCAACUCAACCUUUUGUUCCGAGCUCUGUCAGCCACCCAUUAACAUCCAUCAGUACAACCCCUUCUGCCAGUGUGACACACACAGUCCCUGCGAGCACCAGCUGUAGUUCUCGAUUCAGGGUCAUUAAACUUGACCAUAGCACUGGAGAGCCUUUUCGCCGUGGCAGGUGGACAUGCACGGAAUUCUACGAGAAAGACUCAGAUUCAAAUGUUAAUCGGACUAUAGAUAGCAUAAAGCCAACUUUAAUCCCGAACCACAGCAUGGACCGAGAUAUUGGGCUGGGGACCACCAGUAAUUCUGUGGUCACGACAAGUGCAUUCUCUUCGCAUUCUUUGGAGGGCACUGCAGACAGUGGCUACUCCGUUGCACAUCUCUCCAAUGCUCACCCGUCAGAGUCCCUGCAUAAAGGUUACAGUUUGGUCUCUCACAUUGGGAAUGGAGCAAGUGCCUUCCAACCGACAGGGUAUACUGAUUCGUCACCGCAGCAGGGCAAUAUGCAACCUGUUGCCUCUCAGAACUUCCUCUCUAACAAUGUAAACGGUGUGCACCAAGGUGCCAUGCAGCAGAAGUCACCCAUGAUGCCUCCAGUCACGCAAACACUCCCGUUUGCAUAUUCUACUCAGCCAACUGGCCUCGCAACUGGCCAGCAGGACUUUCGUCAGCAGCACUUUGUUUCAAAUACUCAAAACCUUCCAGUGACAUCACAUACUGCGGGGCCCUCGUCAUUCGUGCCCUCUGGUUCAGUUUCCAAGCCCUCCAUGCAUCACAUGGGUAAUGCAUCCACGAUUGUUCCUGGACACCCGGGAACUGGCCACCAGCAUCCUGCUAGCCCAAGCCAGCCUUCAGGAGGGUUAACCAUUGCCCCCACACAUUCUGUCGCCACCACCAGCUCCCAUAGCGGUAUGCCGAACGUGCCUGCCACAGUGCCCAGUACCACCAACACCACUAAGGGGGUGCCAAGUCAAGCGCUUGGCACGGCCGGAAAUCUCCAACCCCAGGGAGCACAAGGAGGGUUGAACACGAGCCUUCACGCUGAAGACGGUAGGCAGAAGUUGGACACUCUACCUCAGUCCAGUGUCGUCCCCGGGAAAGAUGCUGUGAAGCCUUUCAUCACGGAGGGUCUCAACCUGCCCAGCCCUGCUGUCAACAGCCUGUUCAACAUCCACAUUGCCAUGGAUGGUGAUGAAGACAGUGCGUCGGGUGCCAGCGUGGUUGCUAUCGAUAACAAGAUAGAGCAGGCAAUGGACUUGGUGAAGAGCCACCUGAUGUAUGCAGUCCGGGAGGAGGUGGAGGUCCUAAAGGAGCAGAUCAAGGAGCUUUACGAAAGGAACUCUGUGUUGGAACGUGAGAACGCGGUGCUCAAGUCGCUGGCCAACUCGGAACAACUCAACCAGCUGUCCAGUCAGCUCACCACCGUCAGCAGCACGUCAUCUCCUCAGCAGCAGCAGCAGCAGCCGCCAGCGACCACCAACAGCGCCGUCCCCACCGUACACCACGAGGGGACCCAGGGUGUCCCUCAUCAUCCCAACAUAACCUCAGCGUGAUCUCCUUGCCCCCAUAACACACACGCUCAAAAACACACACCUCCUGAGGCAGGCAAAGACGAUCCUGCUCGAGGAGACACCAACUUCUACCGUCCCAAUCGAAAGCAACAGGCUCUUUGCUCAGUCGGCUCCAUCGGCGGUCAGAUCGGGAGCCAUGGCGCUUUGGUGCGUGCGUCCCGCCACCGCUGAGCUGCUGCUUUACUUAGAGAACUUUUCAGAACUCUGGCCACAGCGCACCGUUUAACUUAAUGCUGUUGUGUGUAGAAGGAGGGGGUCAAAGGGCUCAGAGAGCUGUUUUUGUCAGGGCAGCAAGUGGUCAGAGGUGAGCACGGCCACUUGGGUGGCCCAGUGAGCUGAUGGAGAUUUCAUCACAACCAGCACAGAGGCCUUCAGUCAUCCAAGUUCGCUCCGUCCCUGGAUUGGAGGGCAGAGGGGGCGGAGCCAGUGGACGGGCCCAUCCUCUUCAAGCAAAAAAAAAAAAAAAAGGCGCCAUUUGUGGGCACUUCUGCUUGACCUGAGUCAACUGCCCCAGCUUGUUAUAUGCUGCAACAAAAACGCUUUCAUUUCCACAAAGCCACCAUCCUUCGACAUGAAUCAUCAUCCUUUUCAUUCUGUUUUAGUAUUUGCAUUUAUUUAUUUCAGGGCUGCUAUUUUCAUCAUUUAAAUGAACAAUGUCGUGGAGAUAAAACCUUUUUUUUUUGUUCUUUUCGGUAUCUUAGAGUCUGUCAGGUAUAAAAUUCAGUAGUCGACAUGUAGAUCUCAAUAAGUAGGCAAUAAAUUUGAAUAAACAAUGCUAACACUAAAGCCGAGCUUGCAUUAGGCGAAAUCCAGGUUGAAUGUAUAUUUUGUAACAUGUAAAGUAUUAGGCGUGAGGACGCUCAGAGGUGAAAUAUGUGCUGGGAUGUAUCCUUUAAGAAAACUUAAUUCAUUUUUUUCUUGAACUAAAGAGAUGAAUUGAGGGGUUGGUUGCGGGAUGAAAAGCUGUGAAAAUCGUUGGACCUACUUUAUAACCAAAGACGCCAAGCUGUGUAAGCCCCUCCCCUUGCGCCCCCACUUUUUUUUUUUUUUUUAAAUGCACACUAUAUUUUUUCUACCUUUGUCCCUUUAUUUUUGUUGCAUGUUCUGCAUGAUCUGUAAUCAACCCACUUUCUUACCUCAUGUUUUUAAUCCAGCACUCUUAUUGUUCUGUCAGGUUCUGCGAAUGUGAAAGGAUUUCUGAGAGCGAAAGGGAACAAUGGGGUGGAGGGUGGAGCGAGUGAUGAAGGGCAAGGGAAUCUAAUGAAUGGAGAGGCGUUUGUGGAAGAGAGAGCCUUGAGCGUGAAAAACGUCAUGAAAAAAACGGAGCCAUCUUGUUUGGUUGGUGUCUAUAAUAGCUGUGUGAAAUGUCAUAUGCAGAGAAAAGGUUUGUUACAUUGCAGAUUUUAAUGUAUUUAAAAACACAGCAUUUGAUUUUGAUUGUAGUGUACCAACACUCGCUUACAAAAUAACAAUAACCACAGAAGCAAUUUUAACAUUUCACAUUUUCAAGCUGAAACCCAGAAGAUUGUCAUAUUACGGGAUGUUGCAUUUGUCUCGCAUUUUGUGCCUCCUGCGACGUCGCCUGAUGUGGUCAGGUGAUCCGGUCUGUCUCUCUCUGUGGCUUAAAACCAAACCAAAACGCUUGGUAAUUGUACAAUCAAUCUUUUUCCCCCACAAGAAUGGGACUUUUUUUUUGUGCAGAUGGGCUUUGUUUAUCUCUUUUGAGUUCUUUUCCAUUUGUAUUUCAUUUGAAGGAGAUGCCGUGUACAUGCCAAGUGUACUGUAUGGAAGUGAUCACUGAGCCUUGGAGAAUAUAUCUUAACAAUGCCCUUGUAAUGUGCUGUUCAGACAAUUUUAGUUUUCAGUCAAAAAUAAAUUACUGUU